AGCAUGCAGAGUUCAGAGGGUGGAUCAGACUCAGCAGCUUCUGUGGCACUUCACACCUCAGCAUCAGCCCAAGCUCCGGUGGUGCAGCUGGUGCCAUCAUCUCAGCAGAGGGUUUUGGUCCAAGCCACAGGCUCUGCUCCCAAAGGAGCGCAGAUGCAGCAAAUCUCUGUUCCCAGAGUUCAGCAGGCUGCACAACAGGUGCAAGCCGUGCAGCACGUAUAUCCAUCCCAGGUCCAGUAUGUGGAAGGAGGAGAAGUUGUUUAUACCAAUGGAACCAUACGAGCUGCCUACUCCUACAACACGGAAGCUCAGAUUUACGCCCCCAGCAGCGCAGCAUCCUACUUCGAACCGCAGGGAGGUGGAGCUCAGGUGACUACAGCGGCAUCCUCCUCUCCUACAGCCAUUCCCUCUCACAACAUGGUGGGCAUCACCAUGGACAUUGGGGGAAGUCAGAUCCUCUCCGGCUCGGGAGCCUAUCUCAUUCAUGGGGGGAUGGAAAACACUAGACAUUCUCUGUCACAUACUUCACGCUCCUCUCCAGCAACGCUUGAAAUGGCGAUUGAAAACCUACAAAAAAAUGAAGGGAUUACAUCACACAAAAGCAGUUUGCUCAACAGCCAUCUCCAGUGGUUGUUGGACAACUACGAGACAGCGGAAGGCGUCAGCCUUCCCAGGAGCUCCCUCUACAACCAUUACCUGCGGCACUGCCAGGAGCACAAGCUGGAUCCAGUGAAUGCUGCUUCCUUCGGGAAGCUGAUCCGCUCAGUGUUCAUGGGGCUGAGGACUCGUCGCCUGGGAACCAGGGGAAACUCCAAAUAUCAUUAUUAUGGGAUCCGCCUAAAGCCGGAGUCUCCGCUGAAUCGUUUGCAGGAGGAUACACAGUACAUGGCAAUGAGGCAGCAGCCCGUCCACCAGAAGCAAAGGUAUAGACCAGCUCAGAAGAUGGAUGGAAUGUCAGAGAGUGGCUCCAACAGUAACUCACACACUACGCCAGAGCAGUCGGUUGCCGCUCAAAGUCAACAUCACCAGCAAUUCAUAGAUGUAACCCAUGUCUUUCCCGAGUUCCCAGCCCCUGAUCUAGGCAGCAUCCUCUUACAAGAAGGGGUGACCAUGAAUGAUGUGAAAACUCUGCAGCUUCUCUACAGGCGACACUGCGAGGUGACUUUGGAUGUUGUCAUGAAUCUUCAGUUUCAUUAUAUUGAGAAACUGUGGCAAUCCUUCUGGAGUCCUAAAACACCAUCUAGUGAUGGCUCUACUGCUCUGCCGUCCAGCGAGGAACAUGAAGCAACCCUCCCAAAAGAGAAGCUGAUCAACCUGUGCAAAUACGAACCCAUCCUCAAGUGGAUGAGAAGCUGUGAUCACAUCUUGUACCAGGCCCUGGUGGAGAUUCUCAUCCCAGACGUGCUCAGACCAGUGCCCAGCACACUCACCCAGGCGAUCCGUAAUUUUGCCAAGAGUUUGGAAGGGUGGCUGAUGAAUGCAAUGAGUGAAUUUCCCCCCGAGAUUGUCCAGACCAAGGUCGGGGUGGUCAGUGCCUUUGCGCAGACGCUGCGGAGAUACACGUCCCUGAACCACUUGGCCCAGGCUGCCCGGGCUGUGCUGCAGAACACCUCCCAGAUAAACCAGAUGCUCAGUGACCUCAACCGGGUUGACUUCGCCAAUGUGCAGGAGCAAGCCUCAUGGGUGUGCCAGUGCAAGGAAGGCAUGGUACAGAAGCUGGAGCAGGAUUUCAAGCUCACUCUGCAGCAGCAGAGUUCCCUGGACCAGUGGGCAAGUUGGCUGGAUAAUGUUGUUACUCAAGUCCUGAAGCACCAUGAGGGCAGUCCCAGCUUCCCCAAGGCAGCCAGGCAGUUCCUGUUGAAAUGGUCUUUCUAUAGCUCCAUGGUGAUCCGUGACCUCACCCUGCGCAGUGCUGCCAGCUUUGGCUCCUUCCACCUCAUUCGCCUGCUCUAUGAUGAAUACAUGUUUUAUCUGGUUGAGCAUCGUGUUGCCCAGGCAACAGGGGAGAUGCCAAUUGCCGUCAUGGGAGAGUUUGGUGACCUCACAUCCCUGUCCCCAACGCUGCUGGACAAAGAUGACAUUAGUGACCUGGGCAACGAGGUGGACACAGACUCCCAGAGCAUGGGGGAGCCACUGGUGAAACGGGAACGCAGCGACCCUGGCUACUCACUGCAGGAGAUCUGAAACGGGGACGUGGCUUUUCUCCAGCUGGGGGAAGACAUCCAGAGCCAGGUUUGAUGCUCGCAAGCCUGAGUCUCCUGUAUCUGCGUAAUUAGUGCCUCUUAGUUUCUCUUUAUGUUUACUUGUGUUUGAGGAGGGCUCCAGGGUGAGCCCACGACGGAGCUGGUUUGGCUGCCUGCUUUCCUCCAGCAUCACUGUUGGCUGGAGGGCGAUGGUCCAAAGUCUGCUACCGAGCGAUGGAAGCCCCGUGGUCAGCAGUGGAUCCGAUGUGCCUGGCUGGGAGAGCCUGUCCUCUCCAGCCUGAGCCAGGCGGGCAAAUGAGGCUUCGUCUUUCAGGGAAGGUGGUUUGGGUUGCUUCCCCACUUGUGAGACUUCACUGUGAUACAAACUUGAACCAAUCAGUGCCCAAGAAGAAAGAAAAUUACCUGACCCUUCUCCUCCAGCCUUUCAAGACAAGUUGUCCUGGCUCUGACUUUGCCAAAUCAUUUGUACCAGGGAGUGCAGGACAGUACAUCCCUCUUGUACCCACCUGGGGAGAGGGCUCCAGACUGCACAUCCAUCUGGUCCCGGCGGAGUGGUGCACGUGUGUGCUCUGGGACUGACAUGUACAUGCUCUGGGACAGGAUUCCCAGCUGCUCCUGUGUCCCCCCAGCUCAGCGUUUCAUUGCUGAUCUGCAAAUGCUCCUGGGCCACUAUCAGGCCAACUCAAGAUACCAAAGGACUGAGGAAGCAGCAGCUGGUUGCAAAGUGUGUCCCCUGUGCUCUGAUGCCCAUGGGCAAUCCCCAUCCUCCCCAGGGUACCCAGGCGGAGGGGAACUGGUCCCACGUCCUGGGCUUUGUCAAACUCUCACUGAUGUCCUGCUAAUGCGUUGAAGGUGGGUGCAGCAGCCUGUAGGGCUGCGUGUGGAGCAUGGGGUGAGGGUGUGUGACUGCAGUGCCUUAGGUUGGGCUGGCAGGCCCAUUUCCCCCUGUGCUGGGUGAGCUGGCACAGCUCAGACUGGUGAAACAGCCCAUCCCAUGGAGCAGUGAGGGGUUGUCACAGCCCCGGGUGUGCUCAACACUCCACCAGCGUUCCCCUGUGCUGUAUCACUCCUGCAGCAUCACGGUGGUGGCUCCCGUGGGGCUGAGCUGGGGGAGCUUCUGCCCCAGCAGGGUUUUAUUCUCCCUUUCCAUGCCCUGUGAGGUCUGGGCUGAUGUGGACUACACAGGGCAGAGGAAGGGGGUGGAAUCUGUCAUCAAGUCAAACAGCAAAAACAAAACCCCGGGGCAAAUCUGUCUGUGAAUAAAGGCUGUGUCAUAAAUAGCUUUUAUUAUUAUUAUUAUUUCUAAUGAUGCAGUAUUUGAUGUGAGCUUUUCCAGGGGUCUCGUGUACAUUUGCAUAUCAGAGUAUAUUCUAUCCAAAUAUAUUAUUUACUCACUCCAAAUGGUACUAAGGUAGCUGUGACACUUGAAAAACUAGCGCUAAUGGAAAGUAAAAAGAACGUGUGUUUAGUGGCA